AUGACCAGUGAACCAACAGCUGUGGUGUCCUUUCCUUCCACGUCCGACAUGCGUGUGCGGCCAUUGGCACCUUCGCCUGCGUCUUGUUUGUUUCAGCCAACAACGGCUUCAUGUACUCUGCCAUCGCAGUCGACCCAUAAUCUCAUUCCUCCAUCAGACGAUGUCACCACUAUCUUUGUUGUUGGGUUCCCCGAGGAUAUGUCAGAACGUGAAUUCCAAAACAUGUUUAUCUUUUCGGGUGGAUUUGAAGCAGCGUCUCUCAAGUGGCAUUGUAAGGAACAAGAAGAUGAGAACAAUAAUAAUACGACCAUGAAUACCACCACCAAUGGCAAAAAGCAAAUGAUCGGCUUUGCUCGAUUUCGUACAAGACUCGAAGCUCUGGAAGCAGUCGAUGUAUUGAAUGGAAAACGAAUCGAUCAAGAACGAGGCAUCUUACUCAAGGCUGAAAUGGCAAAGAAGAACCUGCAUAUCAAGCGUGGAUCGACCGCUGCGAAUGACACUAUUCCACCAUCCUUUGUAUCAUCUGCUGCUGUACCACCUUUGAGUAUCCUAUCGAAGAAGAUGCAACAGGGCAAUGGUACAGCCUACGACUCGUUUUCGCCUUUGCCAAGUGACCUUUUAUCUCCUGGAGAUUAUUACAAAACCGAUCCAUUCAUGAACAAGGACCCAUAUUGUGCAUCUACACCAACGACUCCCGUUUUCACCGAUUCGCUCUUUGGCUUUCGUGGAAAUACUACCGACUUUGGAGGCUUCAUGUCUUCUCCUCCACAUGCAUUUGGAUUGAUUCCACCACCACGAAUGACGAAUGCGAUUAAUUCACAAUCUGCCAUAUCACCCGUGGGUACGACAUCCAUUAAUACCAAUACUACUACAACAACUACCAGCAAUGGACAACAGGAUGGUGGUGUGCCUGAAGAUCCUUUCAAUUAUCUCAGUAAAUCAUCACCUGUUCCAAACGAUCGUGCAGCUUCUCCACCACCUUCAGCAGAUGUUACUCGUCGUCUUGGUUCUUUUUCCCUUCAUUCGACACCUCCACCUCCUGCACCAUCCACUUCAACUAUCGAAUUACGUUCAAACAGCUUCUCGGCCCUGAAUCGUUCAUUCAAUCCAGCUGAUCAAAACCCACCAUGCAACACUUUAUACGUUGGCAACUUGCCUUCUAAUACAAGCGAAGACGAAUUGAGACAGCUCUUUGUCCAAUGCCUUGCAUUCAAGCGCAUGUCAUUCCGCAACAAGGCUCAAGGUCCCAUGUGUUUUGUCGAAUUUGAGGAUGUUGUUUAUGCGACGCAAGCAAUGAAUGAGCUUCAAGGCUAUUGUUUAUCCAAUUCCAUCAAAGGUGGUAUACGCUUGUCUUUUAGCAAGAAUCCUCUUUUCACCAAACCCAACAAGGAUCAACAACAACAAAAAAAGGACACAGUGGAGGAGCAGCAGCAGCAGCAGCAUGUUAAUUAA